AUGUCGCCCCAGCUGAGAGAUUUGCUGCUGCCGCAGUUGGUGCAGGAUCGCAAGAGCGGCACGCCCAUGGACGAGGGCGUCAGCCUCGAGCCCUGCGACCUCAGCUAUGUCUACUACACCACGAAUUCCUCCUCGUCGGACGUUGCCUCGCCCCUGACGCCCACCUUUUCCAACCGCGGUGUUCCUCUGCGCUACUCCAGCUCGACCUCGUCCCUGGAGCUGCCGGUUCAGGAGGGCCCGGCCUCGCCCAUUGCCCAGCUCGCCGCUGCGUCCAAGUCGAGCAUUCGCCAGCUGCCGGACGUGGUGGAGGAAGAGCCGCAAGAACGAGAGGAGGAGCAUGAGCAGGAGGGAGAAGAAGAGGAGGAGGAGGAAGAGGAGGACGAUGACUACGACGAUGAUUUGAGCGACAACCUUGGCAUGUACUGUCUAUGCGACCAUGCAUGCGAGCACCUCAACAACUCCCAGGAGCUGCUGCAGGGAGACACAACGGGCGAAUUCGACAUUGACUACGACCUCGGCUUCCUCAGCGACAGCGACUUCUCGGGCGAUGCCCAGUCGUCCAAGAAGAAGCGCCUCAUCGGCGGCGAGUCGACGUUUGGCGCCCUGACGUCCCGCAUCGGCCACCGCUUCCCCAGCAUCGCGCGGUGGAAGUCCCAGCGCAAGGCAAACAGCAUCACCGGGCUCAUGACGUCGCCCACCACUGAGCGCAGCCUGGAAAACGUCCUGUCCGGCGCCGCGUCCAGCCGGUCGUCGUCCAUGUCGUCGCCCACCCGCCAGUCGCCCAGCAUUGCGCCGUCGUCGGCCGUCACGGAGGUCCACUCGCCUCGCCCUGCUGUCCCGACCCCGCGGCAGUCCCUCGCCUCCAAGCCGUCCGUCUCCUCCCUCCGCCACGUCUCUGUCUUGGCCGAGCUGCCGCUGCCGCUGCCGCCGUCCAUCCUGCAGGACCAGGACGAGUGGUCCGACCGCCUGGGCCACGCCAACUUCACCAUCACCCCCAUGCCCUACGCUGUCGAGGAGAUCACCGCCGAGUCCGUCACCAAGUUCUGCGACGACUGGGACGCCGCCCGCGUCGCCUACACCAAGCAUCUGGUGCGCACCGGCGAGCACUACGGCCAGACCAGCAAGACGUACGGCUUGACCGAGGCCAAAUGGGCCGAGAUUGAGCGCAAGUGGAAGUUUCACUACACGGACAUUGUGCGCCGCACUCAGCCAAUGAUCUCGGGCUCCGCCAACUCGCGCAGCCGCAGCCGAGGCCGCGGGCGAGGCCGCUCCGAGAGCGCCCAUCCCGCCGGCCAGGGCUCGAGACAGAGCCAGAACGACGACAUCUACGCGGCCAUGCAGUGGCGCGGCAGGAGAGGAUGCCGUCCCAGCGCGGUGCCCCAGAUGCUCGAGGCUCUGGACGCCGAGGGCAAGUUCCCCGGCCGCGGCGACGAGGACAUUGUCGGGCCCAUGCAGCGGGAUGCCUACAUGGUGCGAGCUCGAAGCGAGGAGAAGACGCCGCGGUUCUGGAGGAACCUUGCGGAAAAGCUCCGACUCUGA